AUGGUUCGAGUUCACCGGGUGGUGAGUGGCGGGGCGGGGGGGGAGGAGGGUCUGGCGGCAGAGCCACUGGUGGGACAGCAGGGUCCCGUGGCCACAGACUUUGGUAGCAGUGGCGGUGUCCCUGGCCAUGAUGUCCAGCAGCGGCGUCCCCGGCUGUGUGCUCCGCCAGGGCUGCAGCUGUCAUUCGUGGCCGUGGGCUGCUUGGCAGGCGCUGGCCACGUCCCGUGGCUGCCCAGCCCAGCUGUGCGGGGGCCGCUCCCCAAGCCGCUGCGGCCGCGGCAGCUGCAGGAGGUCGGCCGCCAGGGCUCGUCGGACAGCGGCAUCGCCACGGGCAGCCACUCCUCCUACUCGGGCAGCUUCUCGUCCUGUGCCGGCAGCAGCCUGGACGUGUGGCGCGCAGGGGACGAGUUUGGCUCCCUGCUCAGCCUGCCGCCGGCGGCCGGGGUGCCCGAGCCCAGCCUGUGCACCUGCCCACCGGGGACAGCGGAGUACCAAGUGCCCACGGCCCUGCGGCACCAUUAUGACACGCCGCGCAGCCUGCGCCAGGCCCCCAGGGACCAGACCCUGGCCGCGCAGGGCGGCCCUGACGACGGUGGGGCCGGGGACUCGGGUGGCCAGAUGUCCGCGGGGUGUCCCUCCGGCUGGCUGGGCGCGAGGCGGCGGGGACAGGCGACGGAGGCUCCGGGCUGCGAGGCCCCUGGCGAGGGCUGGGAAGCAGGCAGCCCCCACGCUGGGCCUCCUCCAGCUUUCUUUUCCACCUGUCCGGUCUGUGGAGGACUCAAGGGAGCGGCUGCCUCAGCCCCUGGCCUGCUGAUGAUGCACUCAGGAGCCCCAGGGCCCGAGAGACCGUGCAGCGAGGCGCCCCCCUACGUGAACAUCCCUGUCAGCCCCUCCUCCAAAACGCAGCUGCACUACAUGGGCCUGGAGCUCCAGGGGGCCAGCGCAGGGAUCCGAGGGGCUGGCGCCUCCCGCUAUGCACAGAUCGACAUCACGGCUACCGAGGCGGCCCACAGGGUGGGGGCCCAGCAUGCACAGAGCCGGGAGGAGCGGCUGCCGGAGCUGGAGCGGAGGAGGAAGGGCGCCCUACGGUGAGGACACCCCCUGCCAUGACGGGGCAGCUCACUGAGCCGGAGUCACUUCUGCUGGCCGCGGCCGAGGGCACCAGGGAGCCCACCAGCUUUGCUGCAUCCCGGGCGGUCUGGGCCCUGUGACUGGGGCCUCCUGGCUGCAAGGUGGCCAUGGCUGGUCCCCACGCCUUCCCCGCCCCACUGGUCACUGCUGCCCAGACCUGACCCUUCCUUUGGCCUCCAUGAGUCACGCGGGACCUCCGGCAAGUCGGGGGGAGCCACGCGUCCAGGCGUCAGGCAGCUUGCAGUUGGUCCCCUGAGACAGAGCAGCAUGUCGCUGCAGGUGCCCUGGGGGCAUUGGACAGCAAUGUCCACGGCUCUGGGAUGCAAAGCGCCCUCCCCUUCCCUGGAGGUGGUGGCCCCCCAGCUGAGGCCAGGCAUGCCCUUGGGAAACAGGGCCCCAAACCACAGCAAGGCCGGACCAGGUCCCACCUCUGCCGAGCGUCCUGCAGCCGCCUCCGGCUGUCCCACGCCUGGGUCACCACUGCCCUGUGCCUGGGGACCCUGCCGCCCAGGAGCCCUGGGGGCGGCGGGGCUGUUCCCCCUUCAGACCCACCAGGCUCCUAGUGUGGCCCCACACACGUUUACCUGACUGCGUUGCU